AGCCACUCCACCACCAGACACACGCAGGGCUACGCUCGUCCUCCGCUCCUUGAUCAUGACAGACAGUGUGUGGAUCCUUUAUACAGUGCUAAGUGGUGUUUCAAGUGGUUUAUAUAUAGCACAUCAAGCGUCUAUUUUGGCAAUUUCUUAUAACCGAUGAGUUUCCUUGUUUGCAUCGUCUAGACUCUAGAGUGAUAUUAGGGUUCACGGAACUGAUCCCUUAGUAGUACAAAUAAUAACCAAAGAUAAAUCUGUGAUCUUCAUGAUAUAAUAUUUGAAGAAUAAACUGGAUGCACAAAUUGUUGCCUUUGUAUAAGAUUGUUUAUUAAGUACUUUUAGUGUGAACACAACCCGUCCAGUCAUCAUGCAAUUGCAAACAAUUCCACAGUACAAGGAAGAGGAGCAAGUGAGGGCGUUGUCCCGUGUAGUGUUAUGUCGUCAAGACAGUGUUACAGACGAUGGUGAGGAUAACGUUAAGGACUCUAGCAACCCGCCAUCACCCGCAGCACACCUACCCCUCCACCUCCUACUCGCUGAUAACCGCCUUGUCAGAUAUAAUCUCGCCCACACGCAGCACACAAGCGAACAGAGCGAUGCGCACAACUGUACCUGUUCCGAUAAUAAUAGCCCCAAGGAUUCACGAAAGAGAAAAAUGAUAGAAGAAGAAGAGGAAGUGAAAAAUAAGUCGAGAGAACUUCAAAAAAGAUUAGUAAUAAGAGGGAGAAGAAUCGUGUGCACUUCCGCUGGGUCACAAGAAAAUACUCCUCUGCUUUAUCUAUACGGCAACUUCUUACAUAUACCUCAAUUCAAAUGGGGUAGCGUUGCUGAAGUUCCAGGUGGUAGGCGAAGAUCGCUUGCUGAACCUGACUUGAGCACUCCUAUUGAUUCAAACACAUUGGAAGCCACAUCGCAACAGUACCGCCCAAAGACGCCUUCGCUGUACCAUGUGGAAGUGUGUCCUGAUUCCCAGUCGCUUGAAGAGGGCGGUUUUAGUCAAGACUGGUUUUCCGACGUAAUGCAGCUAGUGAUGAAGGACCUCAAUAAAUAUGGUGUCUGUGUUGUCGACGACUUCCUCGGGGCCGAGCGCGCUGAACACAUCUUACAAGAGGUGGGAGCACUACACUCACGGGGAGUGUUCCAUGACGGGCAGGUCGUGUCGCGUCAUGUGCAGGACCAGGCACGGGGCAUGAUCCGUGGCGAUAAGAUCACUUGGGUGACCGGCAGCGAGCCUUACUGUGGCGGAAUUGGUCAACUUGUGUCGGUGGUGGACUCGGUUGUGGCUAAAGCCAACAAACACCCAAACGCUGGCAAGCUUGCCGACUACAACAUUACCUGGAGGACGCGGGCUAUGGUGGCGUGUUACCCUGGCAGAGACGCGCACUACGUCAAACAUGUCGACAAUCCCAACGGUGAUGGCCGCUGCAUCACCGCUAUUUACUAUAUCAACAAGGAUUGGACGCCACAGGAUGGUGGUGUAUUGAGAAUCUAUCCUGAAGGUUGCUCUGACAAAGUAGCAGAGAUUGAACCCCGGUUUGAUCGUAUGCUCUUCUUCUGGUCAGAUCGCCGCAAUCCUCAUGAAGUAUUGCCAGCUAAAAUUACGAGCAGAUAUGCCAUCACAGUGUGGUACUUGGAUCAGAAGGAACGCGAGGAUUACCUGGCACGGGUCUCCGGUGCUUCUACCAACACUUGACGAGUUGCUCCUCCACUGUGUCACCCAAGCCAGUCUCAUCAUACGACUCAGUGUUCUGCAGUUGUUACUCCCCCCAUCAUGCAAACCUAUUGAAAGACUGGUCUCUUAUGACCUUCACCAACAUUAAUAUAAUGAUCGUGAUUAGUGUUGAGACAUUUGAAGUGAAUGAUUGUGUGCCAUAAUGAUACUAGAACGUGAGAAAACUCGAUACUGUACAGGAUAUGAUUUUUUUCACCUCCUGAUUUCAGGAACUGUUGGCAAAGAGAAAGAUGAGACCUCCUGACCCCCAUAAAAGGUUAUUUUGAUAUGAAGUAAUUACAGGCAGUCCCCGAUUUACAAAAAUAUGGUUUAUGAAAAUCUGUUCGUUUAUGGAAGGAAAAAAUUUCAUUUUUCAAUUGUCAUGUGAAAAAUCCGAAGUUAUUGUCUCCUCUCACAGCAUUGGAAGAUGCUGAGGUGCUGACACAGGCAUUUCAGGGAUUCCUGUACUGGACCUGGUCAGUUUACAAAGACAUUGAAACUAAACACAACAUACAGUAUUGUACUGUAUUACAAGUGAUUAGCUAAGCUAAAAAUUAAUUACUGUACAAAUAGUAUUUUAAUUAUCAUGGCUCACAGAAUCACUAAAUGAAGCUGUGGCAAGACACUAUCUCAAGAUAUUUCAACUAGGAACACAGAUGUCAUUAGUAUCCCAGAGUUUAAUCUAUUGUCGGUAAAAACAAUAAAAUGUUACAUGGAUAAGUUUAGCAUUUUUCUUCAGAUAAAACAUCAUCAAAAAUCAAAUCCAGUGAAAUCAAAACAUCUCAAAAUGUAUACUGUAUAUGCACAGUGCAGAAGACUUACUGUUGGUGCAUCACUACCAUAAUAAAAUCAUGUGGCUUGGCUAGGCCUCACAGCCUUGCACUGCAUCACAACCCGUGGCACAGUUCCUCACCAACUAACCUCCGUUUUCCACUGAAGGCUUUUUCACCCCUCAUUAUUAUUGGCUUUUUAGCACUGUGUACAACAAAAAUUUCUAAAAACAUGUUUUGUAGCAUGUUGAGCCUUUUGGAGGAUCCCUCCCCCCUCCCUCUCACACACCCUAUUAAAGUAUCUCUGUUUUUAUAAAUAGUCAGUGAAAUGAGAAAAUGUGAUCCAAUUUAAAAAAAAAGUGUUAUUUAUGGAAGGUUUUCAGGAACAGAACCCAUUUGUAAAUUGGGGAAUACCUGUAGUUAGACGUUUAGAAGACUUUCAGACAUAAUUGCUGUUGAUAUGGGAGCAUGUGUGUAAAUUCAGUUGAAAACAACCUCAGCAUGUGUGCAUUUUGUCUUUUUUUUUUAAUUCAAAAACACUGGAGGAGAAAAUAGGCAAUGCAGUAUGUUUUAUUUAGUUAGACAUGAGUUCCUACCCUUUAUUGCCUUGUUCUGUCUUGCUAUGUCAGGGUUUUGCAUUCCUACCCUAUUUGCCUUAUUCUGUUCUAUAAAGUUAGGAAUCUGUUAAAAGAAGAAAUGUAAUUUAAUCCUUUUCAAGUAGGAUAACAAACAUUGUACAUGAAAAGUGGGAGGGGUUUCAUCCUCAUGCACAGCAGGUUAUUGUGUUACAUGCAACUUAAUGUUGAGGUAUGAGAUAUUGCAUUAUUUGUCAUUGCAACGUACAGCAUUCCUGUAUAUCUGAAGUCAAACAUUUCAGUACCGAGUACCGGUAUAUUCUUCCAUUCAAAAGUAAAUGGAUGUACAGUAUCCAAAUCCUACAUGUGGGAUCUGAAAUAAGUAUACUAAAAUAUAUAAUUCCUAGGAUUGAGUUAUCUGGUACAGUACUUUAUUUUUUAAAAGCAAAGAGUAUUUGGUGCUGUUAUGUACUGCAGUCGGGUUACUAGCAUUUAGUAAUGGAAGCUAACGUUCUUACCUCGUUCAAACUUGUCUCUGGGGUUUGCAUGUGUUGAUGAUGUACUUAGGGAUUAACUGCAGUGUUGCAGUAUUGUGAUUUAUUUUGACAAUUUUUCCUUAGUUAGGUUUGUAAAUUUCAUUGAUAUUGAUGAGUAGUGGUUGUGAUAACUCUGUAUACACACUUUGUGUGAUAAAUUCAGUAUUAUAAGGUUCAAAUUUUGUUACGUUACCAAAGAUAUUGUGAAAGUAAAGAUGUUAUAUGCCAAGGAAGCCAGGGGAUUUAGUCAGUCACAAUCACUCAAAGAACCUCAACAUUCCUGAGUGAUGUGUAACUGACCUGAACACUCGUUUCAUUCUGGGCAGUUAACACCUGAACUGAUGAACUGUGUUAACAUGAUUUAUUUAUGAAUAUGAGGAAGUUGAAUUUUGGGUUUCAAAGAGGGAAACUAUAGCAACUGUUUCAGCAUACUGGCAUGAUUUAUAAUAUAUAUAUAUAUAUAUAUAUAUAUAUAUAUAUAUAUAUAUAUAUAUAUAUAUAUAUAUAUAUAUAUAUAUAUAUAUAUAUAUAUAUAUAUAUAUAAAUAAGGUAGUUUGUAAACUCAUGCUAGAGACUUGAGGUCAACUUUUGAUUGUGUAGAUGUUGAACCUCUUGAUGGUCCCAGGGUCCAACUUCAUAAUGAUUUUUUUCCAUGGUUGAACAGGCUGAGUUUACCUGAAACUUAGCCUCUCCCUGAGCCCAGUUUUCAUAGAUCUUGGUUAACCAUGUUAAUGUGGUUUAUUCAUAAAUAUAUCCAUGAGGGUUCGUAAACGAU